AUGCCAACCUGGCGCCCCCUGACCCCAAACGACAUCGCCAGCCUCAUGCAGGUCGCAAAUGAAAUCCAUCCAGGCCUCCCAGAACGCCCCGAAGUAUUCAUCAACCGCAUCGCCCUCUUCCCAGCCGGCUGUCUCGCCCUGGAAGACGAAGCCGAAGACGAAGACGGCGCCCGCCUCUGUGGUUACGCAAUUUCCCACCCGAUCCGCCCCCGCUGCCCGCCGGCUCUGGAUUCUGUCUUGGAUGAGAUCCCCGCGGACGCAGAUCACUACUACAUCCACGAUGUGGCUAUCCUGCCCAGACUCCGAGGGCGCGGUCUAGCUGCGGAGUGCGUUGCACGGCUGCUUGCGAGUGACGCCGCGCAGAGGUAUCCGAUGGCUGCACUGGUUUCGGUUUAUGGCACAGAGGCGUUUUGGGCGCGCUUUGGGUUUAGGGCCGUGGUGAUGGGUGAGGAUUUGGCUGGGAAGCUGCGCGAAUAUGGUGAGGAUGCGGUUUACUUGGAGCGUGUACAAGGCUGA